AUGAAGCGGACUGAAGCAACAGCCGCAGACUGCAGUGGAGACGCGCUCUGUGAGAUCACUCUACUAAGAGCGCUCACCGGCUUCGGCUCCUAUCCAUCCAGUUUGAAGAUGUUGGCCAAAUCUAAAGUCUAGGUGUCCCGUUAAUUUGUUCCCGUCUGUCAAUCCCCGGGGGGUUCAUUAUGUUCCACCAACUGAAGGAUCAGGCAGUGAAUGGCAGCAGUCAGGGAGCCACCGUGGACUGCAAUAAGAGCGCCGAUGGGAACGCGCUCCAGCUGCCCACUUUUUCCACCGCAGCCAAAGUCCGAGUGAUCAUAACCUUCGCUCUGUGCGCGGUCUCUGCCGUGUGCAACCUGGUUGUCCUGUGGGCAGCCGGCAAAGGCGGAAAGCGCAAGUCGCACGUCAGGAUCCUCAUAAUGAACCUGACGGUGGCGGACCUGCUGGUGACUUUCAUAGUGAUGCCCGUGGACGCGGUGUGGAACAUCACGGUGCAGUGGCAGGCGGGGGACGCCGCCUGCAGGCUGCUCAUGUUCCUGAAGCUUGUGGCAAUGUACUCCUGCGCUUUUGUGACUGUGGUGAUCAGCCUGGACAGACAGUCUGCCAUCCUCAAUCCUCUGGGUAUCAGCGAGGCCAAAAGGAAGAGCAAAAUCAUGUUGACUGUGGCCUGGACCAUGAGCUUGAUCCUCUCCCUCCCUCAGAUGUUUAUUUUCCGCAACGUGACCAUAACGGUGCCAGAGAACUUCACCCAGUGCACCACCCACGGCAGCUUUGUCCAUCGCUGGCAGGAGACUCUCUAUAACAUGUUUACAUUCACCUGCCUCUUCCUCCUGCCCCUGAUCAUCAUGAUUUUCUGCUACACACGAAUCCUUGUGGAGAUAUCCAGCCGCAUGGCUCAGAACAACACUCUGUCCAGAGACAUCCAUCUCCGCCGUUCGCACAGUAACAUCCCCAAAGCUCGGAUGAGGACUCUGAAGAUGAGCAUUGUCAUCGUGACUUCGUUCAUCAUCUGCUGGACGCCGUACUACCUGCUCGGCCUGUGGUAUUGGCUGUUUCCUGAAAAAAUGGAGGAGACGGUCUCUCAUUCGCUCACUCACAUGCUGUUCAUAUUUGGCCUCUUCAACGCGUGUUUGGACCCCAUCACCUACGGCCUGUUUACGAUUCAUUUUCGCCAAGGGCUGAGGAGACGGCGUCAAGAUUCGAACACCCCGACCGAGUUUGGAAACAACACGUGUAUGGUGCAAGUGUCUUCCUUAUCACCUCGCAGGCAGAUCGCCGCUGGUAGUUCCAGUAAACAGACUAGGGAGGUAAAUGACAGCAGCAACCCGAAAAACGACUCAAGUUCUGUCAUUUCAGUGAGUGAGGUUUAAUAGCUGGAAGCCUUUAGGGGAGAAAUGGCCAUCUUUAUUUAUCAAUGCCCUGUUCGGUGAUUUUGUCCUGUAAAGCCUCCUGUGUUGUCUUUAGUCCUAUAUGAACGGCAUAAGCAUUAUCUGUGGACCCCAUAUAAUAAAUUAAUUACCCCCCCUACGUCUGCUUUUUAUGUGGCGCAUUCGCAUGGGAUAACCAAAAAUUGACAUUCUGAAAAUUACGGACGUCUCCUGGAUGUCUGUAAAUUUAAUCUGGAUCUGGACCUGGAUCUAAAGCCGCUUGAAUAUUUUGAGUUUUUGGCCUUGUUUUUAAAUGUGAAGUCACUUAUUUGGGCUUGCUUGUUUUUUUUUUUUUUUACAAGCAACAAAACCUUCUCCUGUCUAUCGUGCAGUACAACAAGAGGUAUUAAGAGAGAAAAACACUGCAAUGCAACUUCCAUUCUUCACCAGAAGCAAAUAAAAUCGCAAACUGCCUAAUCACUUAUCGAAUCUCAUCCAUUUAUUUUAAAAUCGUGUUAGAUUGGUAUUAUCGCAGGAUCUCAAAGUUCAGCAAAAUAUAGUAGUUAAUUUGCAGGGGAACUUUUACUUUGCAAAUUACUGACAUGGCC